AUAAUUCAUCAAAUACGUAAAAAAAUGUAAUCUGAAAUUUUAAUAAAACCAUAAGCCAUAAGGAGGAGGUCCACUACUUUACGAAGUUUUCGGAUAUGAUGGAUCCGAAAUAAUAAGGAUGGAAACUAAAAAACUCAAGUGAUUUAUCGGAAAGUAUACGGAACAUUACUGAAGAUACUAUGAAACUGCUUUAGCUAUCUAUAGAUUUCGAUGAUUUGGAACGCGCUUGGAUGAAAAUGAAUAGUGAUAGAAGUGACAGUGACACACGACACUUACACUUGAAGACAGUGACAAUUUACUUCUACUGAUGAAAUCUUGAAUUUAUUGUGAAUAUUGUGAUUUUUUAUUUUCAUUUUGGUGUCGUUUUUUCCGAUAUUCUAUAUCGUUGAAUGGUUUUUAGGCUUGUAAAUAGAAACCGAAUAUGUUGUUUCCCGGUAAUAUGCCUCUAAGGUUUAAGUCUUUGGAGUUUAAUUGCUUCAACUGGAUAUACAGCGCAGCACCAUGUUUUCCUGUGAAUGCUAGUAAAGUUAAUAUUAUAAAUGAUCCCAAAAACUUUUAUGAUACCCUAUGCGAGAGAUUUCAAAAAGCUAACCAGAGGAUAUCGGUUGCAAGUCUAUAUUUAGGAACUGGGCACAUGGAGAAGAAGCUACUAGAAAUUACCAAAAGGAAUUUGAAUGACAACAAAUGUUUAAAUUUUAAAGUUCUAUUAGAUUAUCAACGUGGUACACGUGGUGAGGUAAACUCAGUAACUCUGUUGCGAGAUUUUGUAAACGAUGCACCUAAGCAGUGUUCAGUCAGUUUGUACCAGACACCCAGACUACAUGGUUCAUGGUCCAAAGCUCUACCGUCGCGGUAUAAUGAGCUCGUAGGCCUGCAGCACAUGAAGCUGUACAUAGCUGAUGACUCUGUGAUGCUGAGUGGAGCUAAUUAUUCCAAUGACUACUUCCAACAGAGGCAGGAUCGCUAUAUAGAAAUACAGGAUGCAGAAUUGGCAAAUUUUUAUAGUGAACUCAUAGAUGAAGUGAGCAACUUUAGUAAGCACUGUACAAAGAAUGGAAUCAUAGAAAGGAGGUACUCCUCUAGGGAAAUAUUCAAUAAAGAAAUGAAGACAAAGAUUGAUGCUUUUAUGGCGAGAUGGCAGGAAAGGCAGUUAUCCAAAUUAUCCACAUCGGAAAAUAGUGAUGCUAAAGAUACUUGGAUAUUCCCUCUUAUACAAAUGGGUGAGUUUGGCAUCACUCAAGAUGAGCAGGUCACCACUAAGAUUCUGGCUUCAGUACCUGAAGGUUCCAUAAUCCGCCUAGCCACUGGGUACUUUAAUCUUACUGACGAGUAUGCUAAGACUUUGUUGAAAGACUGCAAGGCAAAUAUUAGCUUACUGAUGGCACAUCCCAAUGCAAAUGGAUUUUUGGGGGCAUCAGGACCUGCUGGGGGAAUUCCGCAUGCUUAUUCUUUAAUUGCAAGAAAGUUCUGGCAAAGGGUAGUAAACUACAGGCAGAUAAACAGAGUUGAAAUGUUAGAGUAUGAGCGUCCUGGGUGGACAUUUCAUGCUAAGGGAUUAUGGUAUUAUCCCCCUGGCUGUGGAGUGCCAUGGGCCACAAUAGUCGGUUCAGCAAAUUUAGGCGAACGAUCAGUUCGUCGAGACCUCGAAGCACAAGCAGCUAUCUUUACUGUGUCGCCAGAGUUACAGCUCAAACUACACCAAGAGUCAGAGCAAUUGCAUCAGUAUGCUUCAGAGUGCAGCGGUGAGUUACAGAACAGAGAGACUCCAUUAUGGGUUCGAGCCACGGUUGGUCUAUUUAGAACGUAUUUUUAAAUUAAAGCAACCAAUAUAAUGUCCGUUGAGCACUGUGAAUGAGCCUAUCAUAGAAUUUCGUACUUACAAUAAAAAUGAGAAGCUCUCUACGAAUAGAGCGAAAUUGAAUAUUUUAUUUUAGCUUAAAAUAAAACAUCAUUUUUAAAACCUAAUAACUAGUGGUUCAAGGUUGUACCCUCUCAGGAAUGGCGAGGAUCAUGUAUUUAUAUAGUUUUGUUAUUUUAUUAUUUAUUUAAGUUAUUGACUAUAAGGUAAUAACUUGUUUGUUAAAACAUUAUUGAUAGUAUUUUUUUUACAAUACAACAAACAUGGUGCAGUUCAAAUAUUUUGAGUAAUAUCAAAAUUUUUAGUAAGCUUCAUAACAGAAAAUAUGCUCCGUUGUUUUUAACUAAGGUCAUCACAGUUUUAUGCUUGUGAGCAACCAAUUUAAAUAGUAUUUUUAUGUAUUUUAAAAGACGAAUUUAUUUUUGCAAAUAAUUACGAAAGAUGUAAAUUUUACCAUUAAAUUGUUAAAUAUAAUUUUUGUUGCAUUUUGUGAGCAUAAUGCAAUAUGCAUGCAAGGAAUAAUUAAUGCAGUAUUGGAAUAGUAAUAGUGAGCUGUUAUUGUAUGCAUGAUAAUGACUUAGAAGAUUAUGCAACAUUGUUAAUUUUGAACAAAGAGCAACCAAAGCGUUUUUUAUGUAAUUAGUCAAUAU